CUCUAUUCAUGAACAGAGCGCGUUCGAAUAUUGGGCAAACGAAACUUCUGGCCUCCUUGCGCGUAAAGCCUACUGUAAGGCUUGAUCUGUUGUAUGCCUCCAUGACUGGCAGCUAGUAACACUACCAUCUACUGUACCCGACGGCUAAGCGACGUCCAUUGAACAUGAGCACGAAGAAAAAUACUCUCUCGAGCCCGUCUGGCUCAACAGAGCAGACAGAAACUUACAAGAGUGACAGUACCGAAACUACGAGUAAAACCAAGUUCGGAGAUGAUGUGUAUUCCUACACACGAGUUUCGAAAAUUUCGCGUGGAUUCUUCGACAACGAUGAUGUGGCUCUGCAACAUUACGACGAAGCGAAAGAUACCUUCACUGCGCUUGAGGCCGCCUACAGAAAACUCUUACUUCAAGUGGAUAUCAUGAAAACCGAGCGGCGUAACGAGACGGAACGAUGGAAUUCGAAGUUCGAAAACCUCAAUCGACAAAACCAUCAGCUCCAAGAGCAACUGCUCGAAUUCAAAUCGAAAUACAACAAACAGCAUGAAGAACUGUCCAUCAUGCAACGCAAGCUGCGUCAAAGGGAAUGGGAAUUGGAGUCCCAACGUCGCGAGUUUAACACCAAAACUGACGCCAUGGAGAAGUUGCGAAGUGAGAAGGACGUGAUCGAGAAAGAGCUCGCAAUGCUACGUGACCAGAUGAUAAGUCAAGGGUCCCAGGUGCAGGUUCUGGAAUCAUCGCCCGACAUGGAGGUGUCUUUCCUGCAGGAAACGAUCUCUCAACUGGAAGUCGAAUGUAAGAAUGCUACGGACGAGAGAGAGAUGCUGCAGAACGAGCUGUCCACGCUGCAAUCGAAGUUUACCCAACUGCAGGCUGAUUGCGAUAGAUACCGCAGACAAUCGGAAAUGGUGGGGAAGACAGGCAAUUUGACAAUCAGUAGGUACGAGAUGCAGGUUCAGACCGCUGUUAAACAAAGAGAGUCUUUCAAGCAACAGCUUAACGAUCUCGGCGAAGAACUCAAAAAGGCCAAAGAGACAAUUUCCAGAUUACAGCGUGAGGUAUUGCAAAACCAGAAUGACGCUAACAAGUACAAAGAAGAGUCCAUUUUGAAAACCCACAAGGUAGAAACUCUUCAAAACCAGAACAACACCCUCGAAGAGAGUUUAGAGGCCCUGAAAAAUGAGUUGUCGAAGUGUCAAGCAACGGUAGAUGUUCAAAAUCAGCAAAUGCUGACAUUACAGGAGACGAUUGCAUCGCGCGAGAAGACCAUUACAAAGUAUGACGUUGCAGUGAAGAGUCUACAAGACGAGAAGGCAGCCAUCGAACGGGAGCUUGUUCUGAUGACUGGUAAAUUUUCCAGUCUUGAGGCAUCACAAGGCAAGCUUCAGGAGCGCGUAAAGGAAUGGGAGUCGGUUGAGGUGCAACUGCGGAAGAGGGUAGAUGAGCUGCAGACGGAACUGGAGGUAAGGAAAGAGAAAAUACCUGACCAAGUUGACGGGCAACUUUAUAGCAAAAUGGACGAUCUUCAGUCAAGGCUAAACGAGUCUGUCAUGUCGGUAAACGAUCUUCAAGGACGAUACGAAAUUGUUAUCAAAGAACGAGACGAGCUCAGAAAGGUUGUAGAAAGUCUAAACUCCAAGAUGGUAACCACGACCGACUCAAUGCGACGCGUCCAAGAAGAGAAGACAGAGCUUGAGCGUAUGGUGGCUGCAGACCGCAACAAGAUAUCAAGACUAGAAGUUCAACUAGAAAGCGUUACCAAAGCGAAAGACAGAUUUAAAUUGGAGCUUGAUACUGAGAGGGCCAGAGUAGCACAGAUGAAAAAGGAGUUGAUGGUGGUGCAGCAAGAGUUGUCUGAAAGCCGGCGCAUCGUCGAACGUCUAAACGGAGAGAUAGAGAAAAGAGACAAAACCAUCGAGGAGCUCAAGUCUCGAGUAUCUUCUCUUGAGACGAAAGUUGAUGACUACCGUGAAGAAGCCGAAAAACUGGAAAGACGAAUUCACCUGUUGGAAAGUGAAAGUGACGAGCUUCGAUCUGAAAUCAUGGAGCUUCAAAAGAGAUUGGGAAAUUCUGAGGCCAAUUACAAGAUCACGGCGGAAGAAAGAGAUAGAAUCAACGAAGAGCUACAAAAAGUGUACAAAGACAUGUCAAAUUUACAGUCUAAUCUCAACAUCAUGGAGCAACAUCGAAACGAGUUAGAACAACAACUAACGAUACUGGAGAACAAGAUCGUGAAACUCGACGAAGAACUCAGCAAUGAGAAGAGGGAGAAUUCUGUUCUAAAUAGUGAGGUGCAAGAGCUUCGAGCUACAAAAGCCAGAAAUGAUGACGAAAUAGAGUCUCUCAAAAACGAUCUUGCACAUCUGACGAAGUUAGUUGAUGCUUACAACAAAGAGAUUUCGGACAGAGACUAUAGGAUAGAACGACUACGAACAGAAUUGGCUAGUUUAGCCGCUGGCAAGGAUGAAAUCCUCACCGAAGCAAACCGACAUAAAGCAGAGAAUGACACUUUCAAAGACGAAAUCAAGAGACUCCAGAAAGAGCUUGAUGCCGCCAAAGAAGAAAUCUCUCGGUUGUCUUCUCUCUACGACUCUGAGACUCAAAGUAAGCAGCUGCUUCAGACCGACUUCGAAGUGAUCCAAAGCAAAGUUUCAAACCUAGAGUCCACAUACAUGCAAUUCGAGGAACUUGGUAAAGAUUCUGGGGCUCUUCUAGAAGACGAAAAAGCGAAAAAUGCAGAACUUGAGAAGAAAAUAAGAGAACUCACAGACAAAGUAAGAUCGUCGGAAAACCAACUUGACAACAGACAAAGGGAGAUUGACAAGUUAGAGAAUGACAUGGACGUUGCUGAGGAAAAAAUGCUCACACUUAAUAUCGAGAUUGAGAAAAUCACGGAGGAGAAGAACAAAGACUACCAAAAACUGUUGGCGACAGAGAGCAAGUUAAAGGAAGUGGAAAAAGACCUCGAUGCCGCCAGAGAUGAAAAAGAUAGAGCUGAAAAGGAGUUGUACAUUCUCCAAAAUAAGGUAUCAAAACAUGAAACCCAACUUGAGACCCGCCGUAGACAAAUAGCCCAACUACGAGAACAACUAGACGCUGCCAACAAGAAGAUUCUCGAGGGCCAAGAGCGCUUCAUUCAAAUAGAAAGCAAGUCAGUGCAGCACGAGAAGUUUGGCGAAACCCUUAACACCAUUAUCGGGAAAAAGGACAAGACAAUCGAUGAGCUGAAUAACAAGAUUAGACAACUUCAAGACGAACUUGAAAGAACCAAACGACAACUAAACAAGAACACUGCAACAAGUGACAUACAUCGGACCGAAAAGCAGGAACUUUUGAAAAGGAUUGCAGACUUGCAAGCAAGGUUGGACGAAAUGGAAUUGGAAACUAGGAAACUGAAAGAAAAUCGCCAAGAGCUUUCACGCGAGUUUAGUUCAAAAGAUCACACGAUCACUCUCCUUGAAACUCAGCUCACUAGCGUAACCAAAGAGAGAGAUCAUUACAAAGCAGAUGGCGAUAACGUUCGAGACGAGCACCGCAAAGUGAAAGAGGAACUUCUCAGUGUACGGAACGAUUUAGUAGAAAAAGACAGACUCGUAAACAGCCACGUUAAAGAAAUUCAGGAAAAAUCCAGUUUAGUAGAGACUCUCAAUAAUUCCAAGAAGAAUCUCACCGACGAACUAGCAGAUCUAAAGAGGGAACUCGAGACCACUCGGAUUUCCAGUCAAGAGAGGAUCAGAGAUUUACAAGGCCAGGUUCAACAAGCGAACGUGAACAUCUCAAAGCUGGAGGUUACCAUAACAACACUGGGAAGAAACGGUGAACUAGACGAAAAGGAACGUAAAAACUACGAUGAUAAAAUAUUCGAGGUUGAAAACUUGUUCAAAACCACCCAAGGACGUGAAGCUGACCUGAGAAGUGAGGUGGAAGUCUGUAAUACAAAGAUCCUGAAGAUUGAAACGGAUUUUAAGAACUCACAGAAGCGCGUGUUUGACCUGGAGCACGAGACUUCCCAACUCCAGAGGACAGUGAAUGAGCUAAAGAAAAUGCGAGAGAGAAUCGAUCGAGAAAAAUCUGAUUUGAAAGAAGAACUUGUAAGUGCCAAUACCAGAGUAUCAGAGUUAGAACUGAAGUCCGAGUACGAUGACAAGGAAAUCACUUCUUUAAAGAAACAGCUAGAGGGCGCACUUCAGAGAUCUUCUGGGGUGAGUCGAGAAGAUUACCUAAAGCAAGAACAACAGCUGGUUGAAUUGAAGUUGAUGGCAGAGACCGCUCAAGACAGGAUGAACGAGAAAGAAAACCUAAUUAGGCAACUAGAGUCGGCGAGAAAUUAUCUAGAAGACCAGUUAGAGAGUGUGAAGGGUAUUCUAAAGGCCACUGAGGAAGACUUUGAAAAGCUCAAGGACGAAGUUAGCAACUUACAAGCAGAAAAUAUCGAACUCAAUAAAGACAUCAAUGAGCUUCAUGGCGACGUUCGAAAAUUGACGCUGGAGAAAGAGCGCCUUCAAAGCGAUUUUGAUAACCAACUAAAGAAGUUCGCUUCCCUAGAGGAGCAGCUAGCGCAAGUUACUCGGUCUGAUGAAGCCAAUAAAGAAAAGAUCGCCGAGCUGAGGGAAUCGCUGAAUGAAAGUCGAGAGGAAAACAUGAUUCAACAAAAGACCGUAAGCGAACUUCAAUCUAAAUAUGACUACUUAGAGAAAGAUAUGGAAGACAAAAACAAGCUCAUUAAACAACUAAGGGAUAUUAAGAAGACCUUAGAGGUUGAAAUAGACGAGUUGAGGAAAGCACUGCGAGCGUUACAGAAUGAUCAUAAUGUCGUUUUGAGAGACAAGGGUGAUGUCGAGAACAACUACAAGCUUAUACACGAAAAAACUACUUUGAUGGAAGAGACAUUUGAAACCAGUAAGGGAGAAGUUAGAAGGCUCACGGCCGAAGUGGAUGAUUUGCAAAGGCGUCUCGUCGACGCUGAAAGUGAGAUAAGUGCUUAUAAAGAGAAAGAGAGGGAUCUGCUCGACAAAGUAAAGAACUACCACGCCCAGCUUUCAAAAUUGGAAUCAACAAACGAGAUUCAAAGCGAGAGAAUAAUGGUGUUGGAGCAGGACGUGACUUCCUUGAAAGAGGAGAUUACCGAUCUCGUGAAUGACCGCGACCGUUCAGUAAGAGAACUGAUGGUUGUGACCAAAGAAAUGGAGGAGAAAACCAAGGAGAUUUCACGACUGAAGAAGGACCUUGACGUCGCGAACAAGGAAAGAGCGGCGAUGGAGGUACAGUUGGAGGAACAUGUCACCAUUGUUUCUCAGAAUGAGACACAGCUGCUGAACGCUGAACGUCAGCUCCAGGAGUGGGUGACCCGAGGUGACAACACCGAUGCUCAGCCCAAAGACAGCAUCAAGUCAGAGAGAGACUCGCUUCAAAAAGAGGUUCACAUACUCAGGCAAGAAAUAGCAACUAACAAAACAACACUAGACAAAACUCAAAGAAGGAAGGAUGAUUUGGAGAAGGAAAAUUUCUCACUGAGGAAGCAGAUGACAGAGCUUGAGAUGAAAAUUAAAGCUCUUGAUCACGAAAACGAAGACCUCAAUCGUGAAUUAAUAAAAGACCAGAAAAGAAUAAGCGUACUGGAAGGUGAUAUCCAUCGGUUUAACGUGGACAAAAACAGUCUGCUUGGAGAGUUAGAGAAAGUGAGGGGGGUGUUGGAUAAGCAGCGAAACGAGAACGCUACUCUUCAGAGAGAGAUUUCUGAGCUCAGAGUCACUGUGGAUAAUUUUGACAAGACUAUAGAAGAUAAGAACAAGCAACUUGAAUGGUACCAAUCUACGACCAAGAAUUUGGAGCAAGAAGUGACAAACCUGAAAAGGAAGAUAGCAACCUUCAGGGAAGAUUAUGACAAAGCUCAAAACGAAGUAACAGUUCUCACAUUGAAAGUGCAAGAGCUCGAGUCCAAAAUCGAUAGUCUACAACACAGCUUGGACCUCUCCGAUAACGAGAAAAACAAACUCAAGCAAGAAAAGACAACGCUAUUGACAACUUUCAAUGAGUAUAAGACAAACUUAGCGAAUAACAGAAGAGAAGUUGACAGACUCCAGAGCGAUAUCCUUUCCCUCAACCGAAAACUAACAUCCCUCGAGGCUCGAAAUAAAACUGUGGAAGACGAAAAAGACCGUUUGAAGAAAGAAAUAAUGGAUUUAAAGAAUGAGAACUCUGAGUUGAGAGCUCGCCUCAAUGCUCUCCAGUCUGAUCGAGAUCGACUGCAAACUGACGUCACCUUGAUUAACAAGAAAUACGUCAACAUACAAACAACACAGUUAGACAAGAGAGACAAGAAACCAACAGACGCAGCAACACUGAAGCGACUAAAGGACUUGGAGGAGUCGUACCAGAGGGUUUUGAACGAGAAAGAAGACGCAGAGAGAAGGUACCUUGAUGGGAGAAGAAAAAUAUCCAAACUUGAACUGGAGCAAGGAGAUUCCAGUCGAAUAAUCCAGUCUUUGGAGCAUGAGCUAUCUUUGAAGAUAAAAAGGAUAUCUGAUCUCGAAGACAGCCUUUCAGAGCUUCAUGGACGAGAUGUAGUGGACGAAGGAGACUACAAAACAUUGCGCAAGAAAUUGGUCACUUCGGAACAAGAGCUUCAGUCCUCUAAGAACAAAGUGUUUCGUUUGGAAGCCUAUAAAACGUCUUUAGAAGAAAAGUUCAAAGAUUUGCAGGAAGACCUCCUGGCUAGUCAACAGAAGACUGCUCAGGCUGAGACUAUGUUACAAGCAAGUCAAGAUCAACUGAGUGCCCAACAGAAAGAGCUCUUAGAGGCACUUAAGAAGAUGGCCGACUGGGAAUCAGCUUACAAGUCUGCUAAUAACGCUAAGAUAGAGCUUCAGCGAAUUGUGAAGACGUUGGAGAGCAAGAUAAUCUCUCUAGAAGAGGAGCAACAGAACCAGAUGAAGGAGAAUGCACAGCUAAAGGGAUCUCUCGAUCAGAUAAAAGCCCGGAAUGACACACUCAGAGAGGAUAUCAACAACCUGCAGAAGAAACUCAUACAGCAGCAAAAUUAUUAUGAAGAGCAGAUACGAAAGUUGGUUGAAUACAAGGCAAUCAUAAACAGACUGCAAGAAGAAAACGAAUACUUAGAAGUGGAAAGAGCUGAGUCGAAGGAAGAAAUAGAUCGUGUUCGAACAGAACUAGAAAAAACUAUCAUGGAACAACGAGACACCAAGUUUGAACUGCAGAAGCUUCAAAUUCAGUACACUGAGGUAGAAGGCAACGUUCGAAUAUUACGAGACGAAAACGAGAGGCUCAAAAUGGACCUUGCCUCUCUACAAAAGCUCUACGAUGAGCUUAAAAUUUCGCGUGAAGAGACCAUUGCCGUUCAAAGUGUUUCAACUGUGGAAGCAGCUCCGGACAUGUUCUCGUUGGAUAUGAGUGCAGAGUAUGAAACGAUCAGGAUAGAGCGAGAUACACUCAAACGAGAAAAUAACGUCUUGCGUGAUAAAGUGAGUGGAUUGGAGAAUUCCCUAGAAGAGGUGAAGCAAGAAAGACGCAAACUUCAAGACAAAGUCCUUGAACUACAAAAGCUUUUAGCUGAGAAAACUCAGGAGAUACAGAACUUAACGGCUGAAAACAAAAAGGUUACGGUUGAGCUACAAGCUCUAAAUCGUCGCUUUGAAGACCUGCAAAAAGAUCAAUUGGAAUGGGGAGAGGAAAGGGACGUUUUAAUAAAAGAAGUUGAAUCUAUGCAAAGAAAGCUUCACGAUCUGGUGUUGGAAAGUCAGAAAGAGAAUGUAACUGAAGUAUCCUCAGAACAGAUAUUUUCCAAUAUGGAAGCCGAUGUUAAGAAGCUCCAGGAGCGGGAAGCCCAACUGCAGCUGGAACUUCUAGCGGCUUUGAAGAAGGUGUCUACGAUGGAACAUGAAUUAGAGACCGAGAGGGAGAGGAACAGUGGGCUACAAGGUUCAAACCGAGUGCUUGAGGAGAAAGUUAUAACUCUCAAACGAGAAGUCGUAGAAUAUCAAACUAGGAUUUCAAAGGUAGAGUUAGACUACGAACACCUUCAAGAUGAAAAUAAGGAACUCCUCAAUAAACUAGCGGAACUUGAAGUCCAACUAGAAUCUGAGAAAGACUCGAGCAAGCUGUCCCAACAGGGGAAGUCUGAUCUAGAGAACGAGAUAAUUUCUCUGAGAACAAAGGUGAAGAAAUUGCAGGUUCAAAUUGAGGAGGACAGGAAGAUACAGGAGAACUUGAGAGCCCAGCUUGCAGACUACAAAAACAUGGGUGACAGCCAAUCAAGAGAUUUCGGGGAGCGUGUAAAUGAGCUUAGAAUCGAGAUUGAAACCUUUCGUAAGGAAAUUGUGGACAAAGAGCGUGUCAUCAAAGAGAUGCAAAGUAAGUACAGCGAUCUAGAGGACGAAAUCCACAAAGUUCGCAGAGAUCUACAGAACAAGCACUUGGAAUGGGAAGAUUACAUCAAAGAUCUCGACGAAAGUAACCAGCAAAAAGCAGAUAUGGAAAUCGAAAUAAGCACACUCCGUGGGCAAAUACGAAACUUCGAGAUCCUUCUGGAAGAGCACGAAAAAGACAAAAAUGAGCUAAAACACAACAUUAAUGAGAUCGUGAGCAAAGGAACCAAUGAGAGUAACGAUCUAAAGAACCAAGUCAAAGAUGCUCAGAAACAAGUGGAAAUUUGCAAGCGGGAGAUUAUUGAAAAGGAAACGGUUAUUCGAGAUCUCAAGGAUCGAAUGUCGCAAACAGAACACAAGCUUCACCUCACUAAGACUAAAUUGGAGACGAAAGAGAACGACUGCGAUGACUACUGCAAAGAUUUGGAGGACACCAAGAAAGAAAAGGCAGAUAUGGAGGUGGAGCUGCUCGCGCUGAGAAAUAAGACUUCCAAGCUCACAAUCCAGAUUGACACUGAGCGAGCAGAAAAAUCUCAUCUUCAAACACAGCUAAUUGAAGCAAAGACCCGCGGAGACAAAGAAUCAACUGGCCAUCCAAAAUUCGUAACUGAGCUGCAGACCAAGCUAGACAACGCUAAGAGAGAGAUCAGUAUCAAGGAAGACGAAAUUGAACACUUGAAGUAUGAGCUGGAGGUAACGAGGAGAGACCUGCUUUCAAAGGACGGAGAGUUCAAGAUUUCUAUAGAGAAACUUGAGCAGAUCAAUAAGGAGAAAGCUGAGUUGACUGUAGAAAUAAUGUCGCUUCGGGAGAAGGUUAUCAUCUUGGAAGGUGAUGUACAAAAAGAAAAGGUCGCUAGAGAAGGAGUUGAGAGACAACUCAUGGACUCCACGGCUAAGGGGGAGACAGACGCCAAGUUUAUGAGUGAACAAGUCACCGAGAUUCAGACAAGGGUCGAGAGCUACAAGAAAGAAAUCCUCGAGAAGGAAACCAUCCUAGAAAAGUUCCGAUUCCAAACCAAAAGCUAUGAACAGGAGGUCGAUCGACUUAAAAGGGAUCUCUUAUCCAAGAAAAACGAAAGCGAGAGACACAUGCACGACAUUGACCAGCUCAAGCAUGAAAAGUCUGAGCAGUUAGUGGAGAUUAAUUCGCUUCGCAGCACAAUUAACAAGCUUGAGAUCCAUAUAACCGAGCUACGAAAGGAGAAAGAAGUUGUGGUCGCUCACGUGGAUGAUCUGAGAAGCAAGGGAGAGAAUGAAGCUAGCGUUAUGCACGAACAAAUUAUUGAGAUUCAAACUCGCAUUGAAGAAUACAAAACAGAAAUCAUCGAAAAGGAAACGGUCAUCGAAAAGCUUCGCAUCCAGAUUUCAAACAAUGAUGGUGAACUUGAUAGGCUCAGACGUGAUCUUGAUACCAAAGAAGUGGAGUGCGAGGGCUACAUCUGUGAGAUCGAAAAGCUCAAUCAAGAAAAAUACGACCUCGACGCGCAACUGUCAACUAUACGAGGUAAAUUUGAUGUUCUAGUGAAACAAAUGGAUGAGGCGCGGGCCGAUAAGAAUCUAACAGAAAGCGAGACAAAUGUUCUGCUUAUAAAGAUCACAGAAAUCGAAAGCAAAAUUGAAGUGUACAAAACAGAAGUAAUCGAGAAAGAGACCUUGAUUGAACGAUUACGCACACUCAACAGCACCAACGAACAAGAGUUAGAAAAGCUGAAGCGUGAAGUUAACAAUAAACAGGUAGAAUGUGAUGGCUACAUCCGUGAGAUCGAGAUAUUAAAUCAAAAAUUGGCGGAGAUAGACAUCGAACUUAACCACCGGAACAGCCGAGUGUUGAAACUGGAAGGAUUUUUAGAGGAUGAGAAGAAAGACAAGGAGAUCCAGAUAAGGAGUGUAAAGACAACUUUCGAGACAGAUAUUACCUCUUUGCAACGCGAGUUUGAGGCGAAGAUCCUCGAGUGCAACGGCUACAUCAAGGAAAUCGAAGAGUUGAACCAGGAGAUUUUUAGGCUAAAGGGACUUCCUAGGCCGGAGAGAGAGGUCGAGCCACAUUACACUACAUCCUACAUCAUGCCCCCAAAAGGAGUUACAGUAACCAGAGAGGUAGUUGUUCCACAGGAAUCCAUACAGUCUUCGUCUUCCGCUUUCGGCCACACAGAAUUUAUGGUUGACGUCAAGGAAAAGACAAGACCUGUAGAGAUUUCUAACUACGAGAUGAGUCCCAAACGGAUGGUUAAAGUCAGAAGUCCAUUUGAAACAAGAACCAGGGACACCACCGAUAGCAGUGAGCAGAGUAGCAGUACUGUCAUGACCAAGAUAACAAGAAUCCAAAGAAGUGUCAGCCCAAGCCACGGUGUCCACUUGGAUCCAGGAGCUGGAGAUCCCUCGAUUACUCUUGUAAGUAAUAACGGUGAAACUAAUUUUACUCCACCCAGCAGCCCUACUAAGAUACAGCACCUGGAAUCGAGUAUCAGCCCUAAAGUAAACGUCUUUCUAGAACAUACAAAAGCAUCCAGCCAGCCUACAACGUUAAAUGUUGCAGACACUAGAAGCCAUACUUUCACAUCCACGAGCAAAUCAGUCAUGACUAAAAUCACUCAAUUACAGACAAGUUCCAUGUCCACGUCCACUUCUUCCUCCCCAUCUUUGUCACCAUUUCGGGUGCAGUCCCCACGAAAUGUCAUCGAGACAACUGAAGAGCGAGCGAGCAAUGAAACUGUCAUUUCACAGGUUGAAACUUCUCACGGCUCAGCGAGCCCCAUUCGCGUGAAAGUAGAGGCGGAGGAGAAAUUACAAUUCGAGCCGGUACAACUCCACGUUGAACGCAAACCAUUACAGUCCUCCUCGUCCCGAUUCCAAACAGUUGGCACCCACCUUUCUACAGAGGAGUUUAAAGAGCAACGAAUGGAAUUUACACGAAGUGGAAACAGUUCAAAAAGUGGUGGUCGUCACAAAGGUACUAGCAAAACUUCGGAGCUCUAAAAGAUAUUUAUGAAAGGUUUAUGAAAGAAUCACUCGAGUAAAAGGGUAAAUGUACUAUUGUAGGGUAUAAAAAUUUGGAUCUCGAAUGUACCCCGCUAAGGGUUAAUUGUCCAAAAUGUGUGACGAAUAGGGAAAUGAAAUGGAUAGAGGUGUUGUUUGUUAAGAAAAUGCUGGGCUAUAGCCAAGAAUUAGAUUAGAUGUUUGUUAAUGUCAACCUGCGGUUGUUAAGGUAAAUUGGCCAAACUCCUAAUGAUAAAAUACGUCUUAGGGGGUAGAAUCCACCUCAAAGAAGAUCGAAUACUUCUAGUGAAACGGCUUAAGGUCCUCGCAUUUAUAAUCAAUUCCUUUAACAACAGGCUGGGAGGGAAGUCUUUUUUUAUAUUGUUUUGUUCAAACAACUGUGAAGGUGUUUAAACAACUAGAAGUAGCAGCGUUGAUCCUCAAAGCGAUAAUAUUUGAGUAAUAAUUUACCUUAUCAACAACAGCUUGGUGACAUAGAGAAACGCGUUUGGAAAAAUUAGAGAAUCAAAUUCGAUAAUUUUUGACGGUCAGUAACAACAAGUUUCAAUUCACGGAGAAAAAGGGUUAAUGCGCCACGAAAAUGUUUCAAAUAUUUGUUUAAAAUUUACAAAAACUAGCAGCUCUUUCUUAACAAAUGUUGCUUCGUUAAUGCUAAUUUUUUUUUUCAAGUGCUUUUUUAAUACCUAUCUAUUACAAACAAAUUUAUUAGAAACUGGAAGGGAUAGCAUUUGCUAAAGAAAUAUUCUUUAAAUCGUGAAAGUGAUUAGGAGGCAUGAAUAGGGGUCCAUUCCCGGAAUAUCCACCAUUUUCCAUGGCAUAUAAUGUCGCUAUGGCGUCGUUUACAUAACUCACUGCUUUAAAAUUUAUUGCCAAUCGCUAGAAUGUAAAUUAUGCCCGCAUUUUGAGACUCCGAAAGCUAGGAUUUGUUUCGGGCAGUUUUGCUUUGACAAAGAAUAUGAUUUUUCUUAUUUAGUUUCUAUGCUGCAUGGAAGCUUAGAUAUUUAUUUUUCUCCCUUUAAUAGUUUUUAAAGGUUAAUAUUUUUAUUGUAAAUGAUUUAAUGGGUCACAUAUGUCUAGCACAAGGCAAUGGACGAAUUGAAGUGUUUGGUUUUUUUUGGGAUUCCAGUUCAGGCCAAGUAAGAUUAUUCUUCAGAUUUCGACAGGAUUUAAGUUCUUUUAAUAAAACUUUAAGGGAAGGUGACGUUUAUUUAAGUUAUUGAUCCGCAUUAUUGCUUUCUGUAUUUUAUUUUUGGUACUGUACUUUAGUAACGAAACAGCUCCUAGGCAUUAAAUAUAUGUGACGUUAUUAGCAAGAUAAAGACAGAAUAUACCAAUUAUUACUGAGACAUCAUUUUACGUCAUAAGAGGCCACAUACUAGUGAAAUACUAUCUCUAAAUUUACUUCCCAGGCUCAAACCUUGGGUAUUUAGGACAACAAGGAUUCAAUUUACGCUUUGCGUUUUAACGAUCUGUUUUAAAGAUAGGUCAGCCUAGUGCGCCACGUUGCCAACGCCACAAAGAGCAAAUAGAGGAAUAUUUUAGAGACGAUUGUUUACUAAGAUCAUGGUACCACUUUGAUUAUAGAACCACCCAAUACUUUGUAAUUGCAAAUGACACUGUUGAAGUCUUAAGAGCUUUAUUGAGACUUUAGCAAGCGUCGCUUUCGCGUUUCAGUACCUAAGGGAAAACAAUUUCUUCAGCUGAAAAUGGUGUAGAUACAUGUUCUGUGCAGGGGAAAACUUAUCUUUUGAGAAAAUUGUGUAAGCGAAGUAACAUGUGGAGUCCACUGGUAAUGAUUUAAAAGCUUCCAUUUCUCCAUUUUUUGACUGAGUAUUACUGAAGAGGUAUAUGGUAUAUUUGUAAUAAAGGAUUUAAGAUGGA